AUGACAGAUAAACCCAUCGCAGUUAAGUCACUAGCUAGCGCGCUGGCAGAGGCCAUAGGGCAUUGCCAAGUUGAAAACGGCAUCUUUGAUCAACCGCCUUUUUUGCAGCGGAGUCUCCUAUGGUAUCGAGAUAAGAAUAUUGUUGAUUGUCACGACCAGGGUCCCUCAGACUCAGGCUGUGACACUGAUUAUCGUAUUAACUUCCAAAAUACGAACAUUUCACAGCCGCAGACAUGGUCAUGGAUGGCAUAUCAUGGAUCAAUCGAUUACUUGAAAGUUGGAGAUGAUGUUGAAUGGAAUAUGAGCGUUACACUUUCAAAACCAACGGCCGAUUCUUCAAAGACAACGGCCGAUUCUUCAAAGACAACGGCCGAUUCUUCAAAGACAACGGCCGAUUCUUCAAAGACAACGGCCGAUUCUUCUCGCAUCCUCCUCACCUGUCGGGUGGUUAAGCUUGAACUCGAAGCUGUGGAACCGAAACAAGAGGGACGACAUGGACCAUAUCGCCUUUUACGCAAGGCGGUGAAUCGACACCAAAAGCUACGAAGUCACAAAUCUGGACAGGAGGACACGGUGCGCCACCACGGUCAUCCCAACAACGACGGAGUAGUAGGAGAACUGCGGUUUGAUAAAACAACAAAAAGAAUACCCGAAGGGAUGCGGUGCGCGUUACUAGGAAGAACAUGCUACAAGCCCUCUUGGAGUGAGGAUAAAGAGGAUACCGAGGAUGAAGAGGAUACCGAGGAUGAAGAGGAUACCGAGGAUGAAGAGGAUACCGAGGAUGAAGAGGAUACCGAGGAUGAAGAGGAUACCGAGGAUGAAGAGGAUACCGAGGAUGAAGAGGACAGUGACAAGAAGUAUUAUAUCUUCCUUCUUAUUGGAGAGACGACACCAUUGGAAAGAAUUGGGGUUGGAUGGGUUUGUCAGGGUGUGUUGAACUUUAAUGACAAGAAUGAUGUAAAGGAAAUCAUAUGA